AUAGGUCGGUCAAUUUAUUCGAUCAUACAUUUAAUGUUUUAAUAGGUCGUACACCUUCCUCCCACCCACCUCCAUCGCCGAUCGCCGAUCGCCGACGCAUCGACCCGAACCCCUCCUCGUCCCAUCCCACCGGGGGAAUGGAGGGGACGCCGUCGGCGGCAGCGGUGCUGAAGGCGGUCACGCUGACCCACGUCCGGUACCGGCGCGGGGACGCCCUGGGCCACUUUCUGGCGUGGGUGUCCCUCAUGCCGGUCUUCAUCAGCCUCGGCGGCUUCGUCUCCCACUUCCUCUUCCGGCGGGAGCUGCAGGGCCUCUGCUUCUUCCUUGGCCUCCUCCUCUCCCAGGCUCUCAACGAGCUCAUCAAGUCCUCCAUACAGCAGUCCCGCCCCUCGUCGAUGUGCGCCGCCCUCGAGGUCUGCGACUCCCACGGCUGGCCCUCCAGCCACUCCCAGUACAUGUUCUUCUUCGCCGCCUACUUCUCCCUCCUAUGCCUCCUCAACGGCAUCGGUGUUUCCUCACCCCGCUCCAGGCGCCUCCUCGCCCUCCUCCCCUGGCCCUCCGCCUUCCUCACCCUAUACUCCCGCGUCUACCUCGGCUACCACACCGUCCCCCAGGUUACCGCGGGAGCGACGCUGGGGCUGGUGCUCGGUGGGGGGUGGUUCUGCAUUGUGAACACGAUGCUGGUGGACUACUUUCCGGCGGUGGAGGAGAGCGCGAUCGGGAGAUUCCUUUACAUCAAGGACUCUUCGCACGUCCCGAACGUGCUCAAGUUCGAGUACGACAAUGCGAGGCUUGCCAGGAAGAAGAUAGCCAAGGAUUGAUUGCUUCUCUGUUGAUCUGCUUGGGAGAAAAAGAAACAAAAAUAACCUGAAUCUCCGAAGGCAUACUGACAAGGUCUAGAGAGAUGAUCUUCCUCCUGGUACUGUUUGUCCUUUAGCUUAUCACCAUUCUGAUUCAUAUGAAAAAACUGAUAUCAGCACUGCACAUUUGCACUCUAUUAUCGUGCAUCUUUGUAAUGUCGAACAGUAUGUAGUUACACAGCAAACACAGCUCAUUAGUGUUGGAUAUGUGUACGUGUGGGGGUGAUAUGAAUACGAAUACAUCAAUCAUUGAUGGAUUCGAACGA